AUGGUGAAUAUCAACACAAACGGCGAUUCCGCCCUCCAAGCAAAUGGUGAAUCACAUUCUUCGGUUGCAAAAGAGGCAAAACGCAUCCUCAUGGACCAUUUGAUCAGAGAUACGAACUUUGCUAUGCCCGCUGUGGUGUCCGAAGAGGCGUCAAGGGUGAUUUUCACUCCAGACACUGAACCAUUUAUGCCUACCCCCAUGAAGAUGACAGAGUCCGUCUCUGCGUUGUGGGCAUGUAUUGGAUUAUUUGCAAAUGCCAUCUGUCGAGAGCGCUAUAACACCCCAAAACCGGAGAGUAUCGAAGUGGAUGUGUAUAGUGCCACUCUUAUGUUGUUCUCUCUGAUGUUAUUUCAACUUGCCGGGUCUGGAUUCGAAGAUAGUGAAAUGACAGCGCGAACAGCUCACAUCGAUAAAGGCAUGAUAAGUGAGACCUAUAGGAGCCUGGCAACAAACAUUUACAAGACAGCUGAUGGCCGCUACUUUCAACUGCAUGGCAGUCUCAACACCACGCCGGUCCUUGACAUGAUCGAUUUGCCGCAGCAUCGCCUUGACCUGCAAGGAUCAGAUCAUCGGAGAGCGGUCAAGGACAUCUACAAAGCUACAAUUGCAAACAGGGACAGCGUAUCCCUGGACAUUGAAGUCAAUGAGCGAUGGCGACAACCAGGCGUGACCUGCCUCACUGUCGACGAGUUCGCGGCCACAUUGCACGGCAGAUGCAGCAUCCAAGAGCCAUUGUACAACAUUUACAAGGUCCACGAGACACUGCAACCCGUGCCAUGGCCCAAAGCAGAAGCUCAACAAGGUCCACUAGCAGGAAUCAGAGUGCUCGAUCUUACAAAAGUAGUUGCCGGUCCCACAAUAACGCGGGUCCUGGCGCUGCUGGGGGCAGAUGUCUUGCGUAUCUCUUCAAAUACUCAACCCGACGCCACAUUUGCCCUUUUCGAUGGCCAGCUGGGCAAGCGGGAUGCCGACCUCAACUUGAAAACCGCCCAAGGGAAAGCCCGCUUCGAAACCCUCCUCAAGGACGCCGACGUGGUUGUGGAUGGUCACAGGCCCGGAGUCCUGGAAAGACUGGGAUUCGGCCCAAGGUGGGCCCAGGAGCUGGCCAGGCGGAGAGGAAGGGGAAUGGUGUUUUGCAGGGAGAAUUGCUACGGCUGGGUCGGCGAAUGGAGCUCGCGGUGCGGUUAUCAACAGAUCAGCGACUGUGUAUCCGGUGCGUCCUGGGAACAGGGCAAGUUCCUCGGCCUCAACGAGCCCAUUGUGCCGCUACUGCCCAACUCUGACUAUCAAACCGGACUAGUGGGCGGCGUGGCGAUCAUGCAGGCCCUCCUGCAAAGGAGCCUCGACGGCGGCUCCUACAACGUCGACGUCUCCCUCACGCAGUUCAACAACUGGUACAUCCGUGCCCUCGGACUCCACGGCCCACACACCCAGGCGUCGCUGCGGACAAUGUACCCCCUGUUCAAGCCAAGACACGACACGGACAUCUUCGAGCUGAUGAAGCUCACCAUGCAGGCCACCACGGUCGCCAAGGGGGAUGGGCCAAGACAGCUUUGGGAUCCGGCGCGAUUCACUACGGGCCCGAUCAGGUGGGGCGGCAAGGCAGGCGAAGUGGCCAGCUACCUCGACUGGCGGAGGAUUGUGAGAGUCAAGACCGGUGACGGCGACCAUCGAGGUGUCGUCUUCGACUUUGAGCACGGGUCGUGCAUGCCUGGCUCGGACGAGCCGGAGUGGCUGUAA